CUGAUAUGACAACAGAGCCAUUUUUACUCCUUAAAUAACCCAAUCAUCGCCCCACAGAUUCGGCAAAGACGAUCAAAAGUUAAAAAACUACCUCCUCUGUUUUCCCAGUCCACAAAAAAAUGGGGUCUCAUCCCGAAGACUUCUGUAACGGCAACGCCGUCUCUCAUCCUCCUCUCCACGUUCUUAUGGUCUCCUUCCCCGGCCAAGGCCACGUCAACCCUCUCCUCCGCCUCGGCAAGCGUCUCGCCGGAAAAGGCCUUCUCGUCAGCUUCUCCGCCCCGGAAUCGGUCGGAAUAGAGAUGAGAAAGGCCAACGCCAAAAUCAGUGAAGAACCCACUCCUUAUGGUGACGGGUUCAUCCGAUUCGAGUUCUUCGACGACGAGCUGGACAGGUCGGGCCCUCACGGGCACGACCUUGACUUCCAGCUCGACCAGAUUGAACGGAUCGGGUCGGAGAGAAUCUCCGAAAUGAUCGUGAAAUACAAAGAACAGGGGUCCCCUGAUGUUAUCAUGCUCUUAAGUCGGCUAUGCCAUUACUCAGCAUUUAACUUACAUACUCUGUAUGUAUGAAAUUCAAAUCAUGUGGCCGUGAAUUAUUUUAUUUCACUUUUACUUUGUUUGAUUUUAUGAAUUAUGACUAAUGCUUAUAUCAUAUUUGAAUAAUUAUCCCAACGGAAAAUAUUUAAAUAUGAUAUCAAUCUAACUAAGUCAUUAUUGUGUGCUAAAGUGUGUAGCAAAACGGCAAACCCAAAGGCGAGUCGUUCUGUGUCACAUAGUGAGAGUUUAUUUUCCAGCCUAAUUAAUAUGAAUAUUUUAUUUUACCCAAAGGUGACUUAUAAUAUUCGUAUGGCGUAUUAUUAAUAUUCCUAUAGCGUAUUUUAGCCUAAUUAAUAUGAAUAUUAUAUUUUGCCCAAAGGUGACUUAUAAUAUUUGUAUGUCGUAUUUUAUCAAUAAAAAAAUGUCCGUAACACUUGAGUGUUGGACAUAGCCAACGCAAAUCCAACACUCAAGUAGGACCUUAGUUUAGUCUAUUUUGGUGUUAUGAUAGACUUUAUCUUCAAUAUGCUGAAAUUUGCUUACUUUAUGUGAUAGCCCCUAUAUGUCAUAUUUCACUUUUGUUCUUCUAAAUUUAUGUCUUAAUUGCAUUGAUUCAGCGACUAAUCUAUGUCUUAACCAUGGGAUUUAACCUCAAACUGACACUAACUUCUCGUCAUAGCGAGAUACUGUCAAAUUAACCCUUGGAAUGAUAAGUUUAGACUAUGCCUUGAGGCAUGAUCCUCCCGCUCCACUUACUGAUGAAAGUUCACAAGAGCAAAAAUGAGUGUAUGAACAGUGGGAGCGAUCAAACAAAAUGUCUCUCAUGGUCAUAAAGAAUUCCUUCUCGAUUGCCAUUCCCGGAGCCAUACCUGACUCAGAAUAUGCUAAAGAGUAUAUGAACUCCGUUGAAGAGCAAUUUAAAGGCACUAUCAAGGCACAUGCGAGUACUUCGAUUCUAAAAAUGUUGAUGACAAAGUACGAUGGUGUGAGCGGUGUGCGUGAGCACAUCAUGAUGAUGACCGACAUGGCCCAUAAACUUAAAGGUAUGGACAUGGAGAUAAGUGAGGGUUUUCUAGUGCAUUUUAUUAUGACCCCUCUUCCCGCACAAUUUGAUUCCUUUAAAAUAAAUUACAACACCUAAAGGGAGAAAUGACAAAUGAGUGAACUUGUAGCCAUGUGCGUACAAGAGGAAGAGCGCUUAAAGAUUGAAAAGCCCGAUGUUGCUUAUGUGACAACCACACACCAGAAAAAGAAAGGCAAGUAUAAUAUCACAGAGAGCUCAAAGAUCCAGCAAACAAAUGCAAAUGCGGCUUUUGGCUCUACCGCUCCUAAGGGUCCUUUUCGUUGUAAAUUCUGCCAUCAGAAAGGGCAUAGCCAACGAGACUACCCAAAAUUCAAGAAGUGGCUAGAGAAGAAGGGUAACCAUCUAUUUAUGAUUUAUGAGUCCUUUAAUAUAUUUUCCUAUAAACACAUGCUGGAUUUAUUUUGGUUCUAUGGUACAUGUUACAAACUCUUACGGGGAUUCCAUACAAUCCAGAGAUUGGAAAGAAAUCAAAGAACCAUUAAUGUCGGGAAUGGUGAUGAUUUAAGUAUUGAAGCCCUAGGAACUUUGCAAUUAGUUAUGCGAAGUGGUCAUUGCAUUAACUUAUAUGAUACUCUUUAGUGCCGAGAAUGACUCGAAAUCUAGUAUCUGUACAUAAGUUAGACAAUGAUAGAUAUUAUGUGACAUUUGGUAAUAAUAAAGUCACCAUUAGCUUAGAUUUCGACAUUGUUGGUCAUGAUUAUUUGGAUGGAAAACUUUAUAAAAUGUACCAAGACGACCAAUUCUCAAAAUCAUUGUUGUCAUAUAAUGUCAAUGAAAACUCUCUUAAAAGGAAAUGAGGCUUGGAAACCUCAUCCAUGUUAUGGCAUC